UAAACUCAAGCGUUCAACAUAAAACCAUUAGUGCAAAAAAAAUUCCAGAUUUUAAUGCAUUUUGUUUUUUCAUAGUGCAUUUUACAAAUAAUGCUGUUUUAACAUAUAUUUCAAAUAGUGUUUAAUUUAAAGUUUUAUUGGCGCCAUGAAAUUCAUCAUGUAGCAUUGCACAGAGUGAGAUGAAUAAAUAAAUGCAUCGCCGUUUUUGGCCAUUUUGCGAUAUUUUGCAACUAAACUAUAUUUUUCAGCAAGAAAGCUUGCUAGUCACAUAUUGGAAUAAUUUAAAUUGAAGAUUGAUUUUUCGCGCAUAGAUUUAGCUUUAUAUUCAUCGAAAAUUCUAUUUAGUAACCACCAGACUUUUGCGAAAAAACGCGACUUUUAAAAUCUCUUGGAAACGACCAAUAAUAGCAAAAAUGGAGAGUGAAGUAGCGAAAAUGUUGAGCGAAAUUAUAGAAUCGCAUCCAAAAAAUGAUGCAAACCGAGAAGAGCGCAAUAAAGAAAUGUCAAAACCCGAACGUCUCAUGCAUUUGUUCCUGAAGAUUGUGAAGUACCUCACAAUUUUGGGCAUUGUGUCAAUGUUCAGUACAGCUCUAAAUUACUACGGAGAAGCGAUUGGAAAGGGUUCGAAAAAUAAAGAUAAGGACAAUGAACGGGUGCCGUACACGAAUUUCCAAUCGAGACCAUAUGAUCCAUAUUUUCAUUCAUACGACAUUUAUUAUCCACAACCGUAUAGACCACCAUACGUACCAGCGACACCACCAAGAUUUGCAGAUAAUCCAGCGGGAAAUGCUUUUGGAGCACCAGUUUCAUCAGUAGAUACAGUAAAUAGAUUUGACCUUACGCCAGACACAAGUGAUGAAAAACCACCAGCACCAGUAUUUCAAUGUAAAAAAUGCGAUAUUCCUGAGUACAAAGUAUACGAUCUGCCGGCAAAUGUAAAGCAUGCAUUGAAAUUCAUUCGAAUUGGAUGAAAAUGUCAACGUGCCAAAAAAUACCAUUGUGAUAAAAUAGUUUUGGUAGUUAAGUGACAAAACUAUUUUUUUUUUCGGCUUUUAACAAUGAAAUUGAUGUCUGAAAUUUAAUGUUAGACGACAAAUAACAAGUUUCUUUUUUAUAAGCAGUAAAUUCUUUAUAAGAAAGGAAUGUAAGGUGUGCGGAAAAGUAUAAAGUGAUGUAAGAAGAGAUUUUGUAGUAUUAAUCGAGAGAACCAGUUUUUAUGUUUUAAAUAUUUUGCAGCUUUUUCUGUUUAAAUUAAUGUCAUACAAGUCAAUAAAAAUAAAGCGAUUUUUGCUUAUGUGUCUGUGUGAACAAAUAAAACAAGUUAUUUGAACUUUUAUCAAACCAGA